GGCUGGUUUAAACCAGGAGCUGCGUUAAUCUGGCCCACUCAUGGUCCUGCCACAGUGGAAAAGUACAGCGCGGAACUGGCAUGAUUUCCAACCCUUUUCAGGGGACAAACUGAUACGGUUUGUGUGUCACCAAACUAGUUCAAGUGUAAUUACAUCACAGAGGAUCCCACGGAAACCACAACUACUGUUCCCAGUGGCUCAAGCUGAGAGGAAUACUGAUCGGAUUCCUGUGUUCCUGGAAGGAGCUUUGUGUGGGGAGGGGGCUCAAAGAGAUGGAGGGAGAGUUUGUGAAAGAGAACAGCGUGGACGGGUCCAAUGAGGGGAGCGUCUCUGGAAAGAAGACCCCGCUGCUGGACCGCGGCCAGUGGGCGAGCAAGCUGGAGUUCCUACUGGCCGUAGCGGGAACGCUGGUUGGACUGGGAAACCUGUGGAGGUUCCCCUACUUAUGCUACAAAAACGGAGGAGGUGCAUUUCUGAUCCCCUACAUCCUGUUUCUGCUUGCCUGUGGCAUCCCGAUGUUCCUCCUGGAGACAGCCAUGGGCCAAUACACAUCCCAGGGUUGCAUCACCUGCUGGAGACACUUCUGUCCCCUGUUUGAAGGUAUCGGGUACGCCACGCAGGUAGUGAUUGCAUACGCUGCUGUGUCGUACAUUGUCAUCCAGGCGUGGGCUUUCUUCUACCUUUUCUCAUCCUUCAGCGCUGAGCUUCCAUGGGCCAGCUGCAGAAACUCCUGGAACACAGAGUCUUGUGUUGAAUUUGAUAUGAAAAACAUGUCAUCCAACUGGACAGCAGCUGCAAAUGCAACAACACCUGCAACCGAGUUCUGGGAGAGAAGAGUUCUGGGCAUUUCUCAGGGGAUUGAGGAAAUUGGUAGCUUAAGAUGGGAGCUGGUCUUGUGCCUGUUACUCGCUUGGAUUAUCUGCUACUUUUGUGUUUGGAAAGGAGUGCGAUCCACUGGAAAGGUAGUUUACUUUACUGCCACGUUUCCCUAUGUGAUGCUAGUUGUUCUGUUGGCCCGUGGGCUCUCAUUGCCCGGAGCGAUGGAUGGCGUGGCUUUCUACCUAUAUCCAGAUCCUACAAGGUUGGUGGACCCUCAAGUCUGGAUGGAUGCAGGUGCACAGGUCCUUUUCUCUUUUGGCAUUUGUCAGGGCAGUCUGACAGCUCUGGGAAGCUACAAUCAGUAUAACAAUGAUUGUUACAAGGACACGUUUGUUCUGUGUCUGGUGAACGGCGGCUCUAGUUUUGUGGCGGGGUUUGCCAUCUUUUCUGUUUUGGGAUUUAUGUCAUAUGAACAAGGAGUGCCAAUAUCCCAGGUGGCUGCUUCUGGACCCGGCUUGGCAUUCAUUGCCUAUCCUCGUGCUGUAGCCAUGAUGCCUUUGCCUCAGCUGUGGGCUGUUUGCUUCUUCGUCAUGGUCAUCUUGUUGGGUGCAGACACACAGUUUGUGAGCCUGGAGUGCCUGAUGACCUCAGUGACAGAUAUGUUCCCCUCUGUGUUUCGAAGAGCGUAUCGCAGAGAACUGCUGCUGCUUUGUCUCUGCGCUGUUUGCUUCUUUCUUGGCCUCCUUCUCGUCACACAGGGGGGCUUAUAUUUCCUCCAACUCUUUGAUCAUUAUGUUUGCAGCGGCAAUAAUCUUCUCCUACUUUCAGUGUGUCAAUCCAUAGCAAUUGGAUGGAUAUAUGGUGCAGAUCGUCUCUAUGAUAACAUUGAAGACAUGAUUGGUUACCGCCCAUGGCCUCUGAUGAAGAUUUGCUGGCUUUACGUAACACCUACUGUGUGUCUGGGUACCUUCAUCUUUUCUGUGGUGAGAUACAAGCCUCUGAAGUUCAACAAAACCUACAUCUACCCUACCUGGGCCUAUGCUUUGGGUUGGUUCCUCGGACUCUUCUGCGUUCUCAUGGUUCCACUGUGGAUCCUGUUUAAGCUCACUCAGAUGGAGGGAACGCUUUUGGAGAGACUCCAGAAGCUUUGCCGUCCUGAAAAGAUGAACAGCGACACAAAGCAACCUGAGCAGUACCCUUUGAACCCGGACAGCCGUCUUACACCUGGGGUUAGUGAAUACAAGGGAAGUUGUGCAGCUGAGAUGGAGAUGCAAGUGUGAAACUCUUUUUGGUAAAGGUAUAAAUAUGGUUAUUUUUGUUAUUCUUAAGGCAUAUUUUUAAACUUUGUGUUUUUAGAAAAUUUUUACGGGCAGCAACAACUUACAGAUCAGAUCUGGUCUGAAACCUGCAUAAGAGGCAACUUUUUAUGUGUAAACGAUGUAAGCAGAGUGCCGUAGUGCUUUUAAGAUUUAUGUGAAAGAUAUUUUGAUAAACAAAAAUACACCAAUGUCAUGUGUCAAUGUUCCUAAUGGCCAAGGACUUCGUAAUUAUUAGCCUUCUUUUUUUAUGCUGUUACAUUUUUUUUAU